AUUUGGUGUUACAAGAGUGUAGUACUGAAUUAGACUCUUAAAAGUAAUGGCAUUAAGAUUAAAGUUCUAUCGAACCUAUCGUUUUUCUUAACAACAUCGACUUUCCUCUUUAGAAAUUUAUAGAUUGUUGGUAUCAGAAAAUUUUCUCUGCUUUGACUUGGCGAUUAAUAGCUCUAUUGAUUUAUACAUAUUAACGACCAAGUAGAUAUUAUGCAUACAUACAUAUAAAGUUAACGUACGAAGGGAAAACAAUAAAUUGUCUAAACUGCCAAUAAAUAUCGGAAAGGAUGUGCGUGCGAAAAUCUGUAGCGUGAGCAUAUGUAUGCCUGCGGGUGGCUAAUUGCAAUGAAUGCAUAAAUAUAUAAGGACUUCGUUUUGCGCUUUUCCCCAUGCGUGACCUACUUCGACUGUUUGAUUUUGCCGUUAAUUUCGCUGGUUUCAUUGGUUUGCAUUGCGUGAGGUUAUUUCAAUAGUUAGAGUACUUGCUAAGCGUUAGUUUGAUUUUGUUCGUGGCGGCACUAUGUUUGCCAAAAAAAUAACGAAAGCCGAGCGAGAGGUUUUGAGGACGCAACGACGCGAGACGCAGUUGAUAACAGCGCGGGCGAGGGCGAAUAAAAGCUUUAUUUAUGUGGUGAAUCCGCCAGAAAUUCCACGUGUUGCCUUCGGAUCUUGCAUGGAGCGCAUUACGCUGCCUAUAUCAGGACCGGGCCUAUCGUCAUUUAUGCGCAAAAUACAAGGUGAAGUGCGUGAUUUUCCCGGCCCUUUCGAGUAUGUGCACACUAAGGAAGCUUUAGAUAAGAAAUAUCCAUCUGCAUAUGGCUACUCAUCGUUUGUUAGUAAAUUGCCGCGCCUACCGCCCACUGAUAUGUCACGCUUUCCCCCAAUUGGCGCCUAUAAUGUCGAACCGAAGAAGAAAAUCAAACAAGCCGCGCGCCCAUUCAAUAUUGGAACGAAACGUGUUCAAAUAAAGAAGCUCGUAACACCAUGUCCAGCCGAUUAUGCGGCCGACCAACCUCCAGCCAGUCUUAAGGUAUGUUCUGCGUUCGGUUCGCGACGCAUAAUUUGGCCAGCUGUUGCCGUUAUUUGCACACCCGUGAAUAUCGCAAAAUGUUCCAAAUGCAAUAAAACUCCGGUCGGCGAUUAUUUCCAUCAAUUCCAAUUGAAUUUGGAUAUGUGUCGACGUUGCAUGAAUAAGCAGUUGAAAAUGUUGAAGCGCUGCUCCACCGAUCUCUUCUAUCGUGCACGCAUGCGCACCGAAUUGAGUCUAUAUCAACCGGUAAGGUACUGUGACUUCUUUCACGAUCAUCAGGGUACGACGGCAGCGAUACAACAUAUGCCCACAUCGACAUUGCGGUAUAAAAUCAAAACGGAAAACUAUAUUUACAUGUUUAAGAAGCGCUGAUGUGUGGUGUAACGAAACAGAGUUCUAUACUAUGUACAUACAUAUAUAUAUACUCGUAUAGAUAGAUCUUAAUCUUUUAUAAAGAAUUUGGAAGAAAGCUCUAUAUGGCAAUAAAGACAUUUUAGUGCUUUAUAAAUGCAACACAAUUGAUGGGUUGUUUUCUAAAACUAGUUAUAAAUAUUUGAGAAAAAAGCUCUGAAAUAUGAAAGCUCUCUCAAAAAGCUUUUUGAAUACUAAAGUUAUCCAAUUUUGUUGUGAAUAACUAUCAUCUCAGAAGUAUAUCUAACUGAAAGCACAAAAGGAAACCUCUUUUAACAAGCUGUUGAAAAGCUCCAUACAAUAUCCGAAGGCAACAUGUGAAGAGUUGUCAUCUCAGAAGUAUAUCCAACUGAAAGCACAAAAUGAGUAAGAGCUUUGAAAAAUGAAAGCUUUUCCUGUGAGCUUUUGAAAAGCUUCAUGCGAUAUUUGAAGGCAACACGUGUAUAAUUCUCAUCACAGAAGCAUUUUCAACUGACAUAAAAAGGGUGGAAGCUCAAGUAUCAAAACUAAGCGCUGAAGAUUAGUUUUUACAUCUUUAAACUCUUUAAUAUGAAACAGUUUUUCCUAAUAUAUUUUAAGUCGAUCUUUAUAGCAUCUGACAGCAUUAAAGGGUUAGUGUAUAAUAAGUGCACAAUAUAAAAGAAAAGUUAAUCAUAAAUCAAAAAAAUUUAAAAAUAAAAUUUGUGAGAUUUUCAACUUAAAAUGCAAAUAUCUCGAAAACUAUAAGCUAAUAAUUAUAUAUUCGUGAUCUGGAGAAUCUCCUCUAUCCAAAAAUACCCCUCUUAACCGUAAAAUCGUGGGAUGCUAAACUUAAGCCGACCCUAUUAAAGCUCCAAAGAAGUGAAAACGCUACAAUGUUAGCGUAUAUAAUUUGCCAUUCUAUAUAUCUGGCAACGCAAAACAAAUCAACUACAAUGCGUCAAUAUUCAAAAUUAAUUUUGAAUUGUGUUUUCGUUUGUUUAGCUUAAAAGAAAUUUGUCUGCAUUUUUUUCUAUUAUUUGGCCAUACAAAUUUCACACAUAUUUGGAUCAGAUAUUUUUCUCAAUUCAGGCGAAAAUUAGAGUGAUUUUAUAAACUUUCAAUGUUCUCGGCGGAAGCAGCACUAGAACUAGAAAACGGAAUAAAUGAUUUUCCUUAUGUCGUCGCUGAGUUUAAAAAGCCCGAAAUCGCUUUCGGUUCCGGCAUGGAACGUUUUACAAGCAAAUCGACUCCCGAUAAAAGAAGAAGAGCAAGAGUUAAAUUCAUUAUACGUGAACAACUUCAGAGACCAUCUUAUAAAUAUGGCUUAUUACACAAUUUUAUGCAAUUUAGUACCCCUCAAAGCGUGGUUAUAGCGCUAUGGCUAAUCGUUCGCCGCGCUUCAAGUUACCACCCGAAUCACAAUAUCCCGCACCGAAUGCCUACGAUUACGUGAAGCCAGAAACAGCUGUAAAAAUAAGUUAUCCAUUUAAUGCCAGCGAUGCUAGGUCUAAGCUGCCAUACAAGCACAUCGGACCAGCACCCUGCGAUUACUAUCGGUAUCGACGACGCGUCGAGCCAGUUGAUAUGGCAUUCGGUAAGCAGCGUUACGUAAUACCAGGCUACGCAGUCUUCUGUGGCGCUGAAAACAAGUCGAAGUGUUUUAAAUGCCAAACUCAGCCAGUGGGCGAUUAUUAUCACAAUUUUGCCGUACAUUUAGAUCUUUGUCGGCCAUGUAUGAAUGCCGAAUUAGAAGAGUUGAAUAAUUGUAGGUAUGAUCGUUUGAAACGUUCGAGCCGGCUGCGUGAAUUGGGUAAAUUCAAGCCGGCGCGUUGGUGCCAUUUCUAUCACAAGCAUUACUCUGGCAACUUAGCGGUGAACAAAUAUUCGCGCAGCACUUUGCGUUUGAAAAAUAGGGUUGAAAACUACUUGCAGUCAUACGAUACGCUACAGAAAUGGUAUGUGCAAUAUUGAAGAUCGGCUAUACCUCGAGGCAUAAAGUUCGAAAAGGCAACGUAAAUUAAAAAAACAAAUUUUAAGUACAAAAAAAGAAACUUAAAUGCGAGUACAUAUAUAAAAAAUUGCAAGAAAAAUAUUAAAAUGAAAUUAAAGUUAAAAAAUAUAUAUAAAAAAUUCUUAAAGUUAUGGUUAAAAAAUAAAAAAAGUUACAAGUAUUGUUAAAAAAUUCCAAAAAAAUAAGAGAAUAUUAAACUGUGUCUUUGACGGCCUAAAAUGUAAUCUCACAUCAUACUCAAAAAAGAAGAAAUAAAUUUAUUGCAAAUCAAUGAAAACGCUA